AUGGGGUUGUUGCGUUCGGCGCACCCAUCACCGCUGGGAGACACCACCCGCCGCAUCGGUGCUUCCCCGGGCCCCCCAACCUCUACGUUGGACCCCGGUGGCUGCCCCGACGCGGUGCCCGAAGCCCGGGGGCUUACGUCCCCGGCACUGCUGGAGUCUGUGGAUCACUGGUCGCUGACCAUACCUGAAACUCAGAUUCCUGGAGGGAGCCGCCCCGCGGAAUCCGCCGUUCGUCGGCGUUGUCCACGGGGUCUGGACCCUUCACCCGAGGGCCGUAUGCCGCAGCCAGCCAGCGCCCGCAAGGGCGUCUAG